AUCUUUAAAAUCGUACCGUUGAUAAUUUUGCAGCCCAAUCCCAUCCAUAAUUGCGCGGAUAUUUUUUAAAGACGAAAACACGCAUUCGUUUUUGUAAUAAUUUUCGUCUUUGUACAUUAAUGUAAUAUACAUAACUAGUUGCGAAUCAGAUGUGUAUUGUUGCGAGCGAAUUUGAAUCGCAAAUUCGUAAUUGAGCGGGAACAUGGCUAUUUCAUUGUGAUUGUUUUGUUCCUGUUCAUGUACAGCUCUUGUCGGGAUAGAUAACAAGAUGGCGGAUAUUCGCAAGUAUUUCACAUCGAGUCGGAAUAAAACCGAAUCUGUAACGGCAAAACCAUCUUCAAGCUCUAAAUUACGUAAAAGACCUAUUAUCGAAUCGGAUAGUGAAGAUGAAAAGGAUAAAGAGUUGAAUAAAAAGAAAAAAGUACAGCAAAAACCUUCUAAAAAGAAAAAUUCUGCUAUUAUAAGUGAUUCUUCCGAUGACGAUAAAGAAAGUGAAAAAUCUCGUCCUCAGAAUUCAAAGCCAGAUACGAAAGAAAUAAGUUCUAAAAAGCGCCAAAGAUCUGAAAUUAUUGAUUCUUCAUCCGAAGACGCUUCUCCUUCAUCUAAAAAGAGAACUGUACAAAAAAAGCUAGAUAAAGUUGAUGUCAAGUCGAAAUUUUUCAAAGAAACGUCAGUUUCUGCUGUAUUUGGUGACAAGCCAGUUAGACGAGAUAGUACACGAUUAAAAGAAAUUCAAGAAAAGCUGAAAAAAACGACGAAAACAGUGAAAAAUGAUAUCCAGAUAACGGACGAGGAUUUUGAAGCAGCUGUUCUUCAGAUGGAUGAUGUUGGAAGUAACUGGGUUGAUUCUAACAGAAAUUCCAAAUCUGAUUCCACUCUACAGAAUGGAAAAACAGAUAAAGAGAAAAAUACGGAGUCUCCGAGAAAAAAUAAAAAAUCGGAUGCAGUCGAAAAAGAGUCGAAGAAAUCACCGGAUAAAAAUAAAAAAUCUGAUGCAGUUGAAAAAGAGUCAAAGAAAUCACCGGAAAAAAAUAAAAAAUCUGAUGCAGUUGAAAAAGAGUCGAAGAAAUCGCCGGGGAUAAAUAAAAAAUCUGAAGCAGUUGAAAAAGAGUCGAAGAAAUCACCGGAGAAAAAUAAAAAAUCUGAUGCAGUUGAAAAAGAGUCGAAGAAAUCGCCGGGAAUAAAUAAAAAAUCUGAAGCAGUUGAAAAAGAGUCGAAGAAAUCACCGGAGAAAAAUAAAAAAUCUGAUGCAGUUGAAAAAGAGUCGAAGAAACCGCCCGAAAAAAAUAACAAAUCAAAUGUAAUUGAAAAAGAGUUUAAGAAAAAUGAGAAAGUUGUGGUUAGAGAAGAACCUGUUAGUAAAUCGCUUUCUAGUAAAACGACCUCAGGAUCAUCUGCGAAGUUAUCUAUUAAAGAUAAAUUGAAACAGUUCUCGGCACUUUCAACAUCCAGUAAACAAGUUGUCGAAGAAGUAAACAAAAAAACACCCAGUCCAACAAAAUCUACUGAAAAAUUAUUGUCCAUGAAACUUAAAUGUACGCCUGAUUCGGGAUAUUCCAGUUUUUCAUCCAAUUGUGAUUCGCAGGGUUCGCAAAACAGUAGUAAAAGUGAUAUGACUUCUCAAAGCGUUGUUGUAACGAGUAGUCGUGUGAAAGAAGAAUGUAAUUCUAGUAAUCCUAAAACACUUGUUAAACGUGAAAUUCCAAGUAACUCUAAAGCGAUCACUUCGAGCAAAUUAGAAGAUGCGAGUAGUACUCAAUCGGUUGCAGUUGGUGAUGAUAUGCCGUGGGUCGAAAAAUACAAACCAGAUAGUACAAAAAAAAUUAUUGGACAGCAAGGUGAUCAAAGUAGUAUGAAAAAAUUAACGAGAUGGCUGAACGAUUGGUACAAAAACAACGCUGGUUCUAAAAAACCAGCCUAUGUUCCCGCUGGUUGGAACACGGAUAAGACAGGGUCUAUUCACAAAGCUGCUCUAUUAUCCGGGCCUCCGGGAGUUGGAAAAACAACCACUGUAUCUUUGGUAUGCAAAGAGUUGGGCUUCGAUGUUGUGGAAUUCAACGCUUCUGAUACUCGAUCGAAAAAGCUUCUUGAAGAAGAAGUAUCUAAACUGCUGACAAAUACAUCCAUUACAUCUUUAUUUGGUGGCGAUGGAUGUAAAUAUUCCGUUACAAAAAAGCAUGUAUUGGUUAUGGAUGAAGUAGAUGGAAUGGCUGGUACGGAAGAUCGAGGAGGUGUUCAAGAACUAAUUCAUUUGAUCAAAAUCACCAAAGUUCCUAUUAUUUGUAUGUGUAAUGAUAGAAGUCAUCCUAAAAUAAGAAGUCUCGUAAAUUACUGUUUUGAUUUGCGAUUUCAACGACCAAGACUUGAACAAAUUAAAGGAUAUAUGAAGAGUGUAUGUUUUAAAGAAAAAUUAAAUGUAUCAUCGGAUGUUUUAAAUAACAUCAUAACCAGCAGUAAUCAAGACGUCCGGCUUGUACUUAAUCACUUAUCCAUGUUGGCCGCUGAUAAAAAUUCCGAACUUGAAGCUUCAAAAAAAUAUGUUAAAUUGAGUCCUUGGGAUGCCUUACGUAAAAUGUUUUCCAAAGAAGAUCACAAAAACAUGUCCAUACAUGAUAAAUUUGAUUUAUUUUUCUAUGACUAUAGCAUAGCGCCUUUAUUCGUUCAAGAGAAUUACCUUUCUGUGAAACCUCUUAAUACGAAGACUCAAAGUAAACUUGAAAAAAUGCAGUUAUACGCUCGUGCCGCUGAUUGUAUCAGUAUUGGUGAUUUAGUUGAUAAAGAAAUUAGGUCCAGUAGCGCUUGGAGUCUACUACCCACUCAGGCUAUUUUUGCAAGUUAUGCUCCUGGUGAAAUCUUGGAAGGAUACUGCUCUGGACAAAUCGCCUUUCCAUCGUGGUUGGGUAAAAAUUCUAAGACAAACAAAAUCGAUAGAUUAUUACAAGAAAUACAAAUUCAUACCAGAUUAAAAAUAUCUGCGAGUAAAGAAUCAGUAAACUUGGAGUAUGCUUCAUUUUUGAGAAAUCACAUUUUACAACCGUUAGUGAAGGAUGGGUCGGAUGGGGCUAAAACAGCUUUGGAAAGAUUACACGAAUAUGAUUUGUUACGAGAAGAUCUUGAAAGCCUAUCUGAGAUUUGUAGUUGGACCAGUUCUGCAGAUCCUUUAUCGAAAAUUGAUAGCAAAGUGAAAUCUGCUUUCACAAGGUUGUAUAAUAAAAAUCCUCCUGUGAGACCGUAUUCGCUUAGUGCUCCGAUUAAAAAGAAAGCUAAUGAUGAUUCGUUGGAAGAAGAAAACAGUGAAGAUGACGACGAUAAGGAUAACGAAGAACCUGAUGCCAUGAUUGUGGUUAAGAAGAAACAAUUGAAUCAAAGUGAUACUAUGUCUCCGUCGACAUCAAAAACCAAGGCGAAAAAUCCGAAGAAUACUAGUACUACGAACAAGAAAAAAAAGAAAUAGUGACCAAUUUUUUAAUUUAUUUUUAAUACUAUUUUUUCGUUUGCGGAUAUACAAAUUUUUUAUGAUCUAUUUAUAAUUUAUAAUAUUAAAAAGUGAUUAUCGUAUGUAUUUUCUAAA